GAUCGCUGCCUUCCGGCCGGGCCGUUGUCUGGGUGGCGAGGGCGAGUCAUCGCGGGGCCUCGCCGCCUGGGUCUUUCUUCCCUCCCCCCGCCUGGGCGUGGGGGCUCGGCCAGCCCAGUGGGGCGGGAGGCGACUCGGACCUUCCCCUUCAUUUCGUUCUGGUCGGCUCACCGCUUACCCGCGCUGGGGCCUGGGGUCCUUGGGGCCCGCGAGGCCCGGUCUGAGAGGCCGGGGCCUACGUGGGCCGGCCGCCGGGCCCCAUGAGGCACAGCCUGACCAAACUGCUGGCGGCCUCGGGCACCGACUCCCCAGCCCGCAGCGAGAGCCCGACGCAGGCCGCCACCCGCCCGCUGCCCCCGAACCGGACCCGGGCGGCGGCGGCGGCGGCGGAGGAAGAGCCGGCGGCCUCCAGAUCUCCCUGCCGCGAGCAGCCGCGCGGCGAAGAGGCCGAGCUGGAGGACGCGAGGGGGGGCCGCGGCGGCGGCGGGGCGGGGCGCGCGCCCUCGCCGGAGGAGAUGGAGGAGGAGGCGAUGGCCGGCGUCCCCGGGGAGGAGACGGAGGACAUGGACUUCCUGUCCGGGCUGGAACUGGCCGACCUGCUGGACCCCCGGCAACCGGACUGGCACCUGGAACCCGGGCUCAGCUCGCCCGGGCCCCUCUCGUCCGGCGGAGGCUCGGAGAGCGGCGGCCUAUGGAGAGGGGACGACGACGACGAGUCCGCGGCCGCCGAGAUGCAGCGCUUCUCUGACCUGCUGCAGAGGCUGCUGAACGGCAUCGGAGGCUGCGGCAGCGGCAGUGACAGUGGCAGCGGCGAAAAGAGGCGGAGAAAGUCCCCCGGAGGCGGCGGCGGCGGCGGCGGCAGCAGCGGCAGCGACAGCAACAGCAACAACCAGGCGGCGACAAAGAGCCCCCGGAAGGCGGCGGCGGCUGCCGCGCGUCUGAAUCGGCUGAAGAAGAAGGAGUACGUGAUGGGGCUGGAGAGUCGAGUGCGGGGCUUGGCCGCCGAGAACCAGGAGCUGCGGGCCGAGAAUCGGGAGCUGGGCAAGCGCGUGCAGGCACUGCAGGAGGAGAGUCGCUACCUACGGGCCGUCCUGGCCAACGAGACCGGCCUGGCUCGCUUGCUGAGCCGGCUGAGCGGCGUGGGACUGCGGCUGACCACCUCGCUCUUCAGAGACUCGCCCGCCGGGGACCAUGACUACGCGUUGCCGGUGGGAAAGCAGCAGCAGCAGCAGCAGCAGCAGGACCUGCUAGAAGAGGACGACUCGGCGGGAGGAGUGUGUCUCCAUGUGGACAAGGAUAAGGUGUCGGUGGAGUUCUGCUCGGCGUGCGCCCGGAAGGCGUCGUCUUCUCUUAAAAUUUUCUUUUUUAGGUGAUUUCCUUCCUGCCAGGCUCCGUUGUAGGGGUUACAGAACAGUGGUUCCCGCCUCACCACCUGUGGAUACAGCUGUUGGGGCAGAAGAGACGGGACCAGCUGCUGGCCACAUUUCCUGCUUUAUUUUAAAAGCUUAGCAGUGUCUGCAAAAGCGAAUCUUUUCCUACAACCUGUGUUAACUGACUGGACUGAUGGUAACAAAGUAGUUGUGGGAGCCAUGUCUGUCAAAAAUUUGGCAUCUGCUGAAAAAAAUGAAUGCCAUUUUCAAGUUCCCAAAUUACUUCUGUAGUGAUUUCACUUUCCAGAAAUGGAGAUUUGAAAAGAUUCUCUGGAAUCCUUGAAAGACUUAAUAGAAAUACAUGAGACUAAGUUAAUUUUGGAACAAAAUAUACUUUUUUUUUGGUCUUUCAAAGGAGUGAUACUCAGUUCUUCGCAUACCUUUUUAAAAAUUGUAACCAUUGGAGAAGAGAAUUAUAAUAUUGCAUCAAGGAGUACUAGAUUCUUUACAUAAUCAAGAGCACAUUCUAUGGAAUUAUGUUUAGUGGAAUAGAAUUGAUAAACAAGCUAUCAGAGAUCACAGGCAUAUCAUGAGUUUGUAUUUAUUUCCUGGAACAUGAAAGAUAAUCUGAAGUACAGACCGAUCUUGCCAAUAGAAUAUGAAAGUUAAUGUAAAGUCCUUAACUAUAAAGAGUAAUCUUUUUAAAUAGAAGCAUUGUCUGUAUAUCUUUGAAAAAGUUGACAUGAUAAAAUGUGGGUAGUUAAUUGCAAUUCAGGGUAAUACCAGGAUGUGUGGAUUCUGAGGUUUUGGCUUCUUGCGCUUUCUCUGAGAGUACUUGACAAAAUUUUUUGAAUAUUUCGAGUUUUCUAAUGAAUGGUAUAUUAGUUUACUAUUUCAUAUAAGUUAAAAUUUCUCUAGUGUUAUGUAAGGGCUUUAGUAUUCUGGAUGAUGGGAGUGGCUUUUUUCAUGGAACAUGGGGUUGUUUUGUUUAAUCGAAACAUUUCUCCAGUUUAUUACAGUGUGAAAAAAACACUCAAAACUCUGGAUUGUUUUAUUUCAUUUUUGUUGGAUUGUGUUAAUACAUUCUUUUACCUGGUCUAGACCUAGCUAUGCUGUCUUAUCUUACAUUUGAGAAGUAUGCAAAUGAUAGAUGUGGGAAAUGGUGUAGACAGUGGUCAGCAAACCUCAGCUCGAGAGCCACAUGCGGCUCUUUGGUCCCUUGAGUGUGGCUCUUCCACAAAAUACCAUGUGCGGGCGCGCAGGUACAGUGCGAUUGAAACUUCAUGGCCCAUGCGCAGAAGUUGGUUUUCUGCCGGGCGAGUCUGUUUUGAAGAAGUGGCGUUAGAACACUCAAGGGGCCAAAGAGCCCCAUGUGGCUCGCAAGCCGCAGUUUGCCGACCACUGGUGUAGGACAUUAGCUCUUAUUUUUUUUUCCAGAAUAAUUUACUAUAACUACUAUACAGUUUAUUAUAUAGUAUUAUACAAACCCUAUUAAAUCCACUCAGUUUCUUGUAUUCUAAGUGUAUUCAGUGUCUGUUAUGCCUUGCAGCAGACUAUUCCGAGUAGCUUCUAAAGUGACUGAUAGGUGUUUUUACAGUACCAAUAGUAUAGCCAACUGUAAUUCUACAACCAAUGAUUAGGCAUCAACUAUUCUGCUUUGAUGGAACAGUGAAUAAUUCACUUUUAAUGAGUAAUUAUAUUUUAAAAGAUGUGAUUACCAAGUUGAGCAUUUUGAAGGUCUAGUUUAAGGUCUUACUAACUUAGGUUUUUAAGCUAAACAAUCUGAUAAUGAGGUAGUAAUAUAUUUUCAAGUUUUUAGUUUUUUCCCAGACACAUUAUCAAUACAAAGUUUUGAGACCCUCCCAAAUGUUUAUUUUUGUAUUUCACUGUGUUUUUUCUUCACAACCUGGAUAGUUAACCACAUAAGCCAGGAAUAAAAAAGGAGGAGGUUUUUCAUCAGAAACUUAUAGAAUGUUUUGUUUGGCCAGCACAAUAUAUUUCACAUAUUUGAACUUUAAUACCUCAAUACUCGGUUCACCAGUUACUCCCUGUUGUCUUAUCAGAUUGAGCUCUGAUCUAGAUUACAAAUGGUCAUUUACUUUGUUUUAAAGUGAAGAAUUAAACUUGGAGGUAUUUUAAAUUUGAUUCAGAAAGUAGCUUUGCAUUAAGAACAUAAUAUAAAAUUAGAGAAAAACUUUUUUUUUUUAAGAUACAGAAAGUUGCUCAUUAACUUUCCUUUCUCAUUACUUUGGUUACUGACAAUAGUGUUUUUAUUACUAGUUUUUUACUUUUCCCCAAUUUGUGCAGUCAGGAUUUCUUACUCAGCUGUUUCCCCAAGUUUUUUAAAAGCCAGUACACAACAGGCUUUAAUAAUUUUUAAAAUUUUGUUGAGCCAAAAUUGCUUGUUUUGAUGAGAAUGUUUUGCUCAAUUUUUAGUUAUUCUAAUUUUACAGUCUAAAAGUGUUGGUAUACAUAGGUGCAGUCACAAAUGGUGUUUAGAACAUUUGUGUACUUCAGCUAAUAUUCAAACUUGAAUUUUAUUGGUGGGCCAACUUCCUUUAGAAUGUGCCUCCAAAUUCUGUAUCUUUCCUAUUAUAUACCCAUUGAGGUCAAUUUCCUAGACCUCCCCCUCUGGAUUUCAGUGUACUUACAGUACACUAAAUUUAUAUUACAAACUUAUAUUAAUUUAAGUAUAAUAUAUGAAUACUUUGUUUUUAGAGCCAAAUAAUUAGAAAUUGUAAAAGACGGAUUUAAAUAGUUUGCUGUCACUGAACUAUUAAAAAUGAUUAUCCUGACUAAGGCAGUGUUCUUUAGGUCUUGGCUACAAAUGACU